GAGCGCAGGGGCCCGCGCGGCCCGGCGCGGUCCGUGCGCUCCCCGCCAUGCCCGGCCGCCCCGACGACUACGAGGUGCUGCUCACCAUCGGCGCCGGCUCCUACGGGAAGUGCCGCAAGGUGCGCCGCAAGGCCGACGGCAAGAUCUUGGUAUGGAAGGAGCUGGACUAUGGCGCGAUGACGGAGUCGGAGAAGCAGAUGCUCGUGUCGGAGGUGAACUUGCUGAGGGAGCUGCGGCACCCGAACAUCGUGCGCUACUACGACCGCAUCAUCGACAGGAGCAGCACCACGCUGUACAUCGUCAUGGAGUACUGCGAUGGGGGAGACCUGGCCAGCCUGAUCGCCAAGUGCGCCAAAGAAAGGCAUUUCUUGGAUGAAAGCUUUGUUCUCAGAGUGUUGACUCAGCUAACGUUGGCCUUGAAGGAGUGUCACAGACGGAGUGAUGGUGCAGUCACUGUGCACCGUGACCUGAAACCAGCAAAUGUCUUUCUAGAUGGCAAACAGAAUGUGAAACUUGGAGACUUUGGACUGGCUAGGAUAUUGCACCAUGACACCAGCUUUGCCACAACUUUUGUUGGCACUCCAUACUACAUGUCUCCAGAACAAAUGAACUACUUGUCGUACAAUGAGAAAUCUGACAUCUGGUCUCUAGGAUGUAUUGUGUAUGAAUUAUGUGCUCUCUCGCCUCCAUUUACAGCUUUCAACCAAAAGGAGCUGGCAGAAAAGAUAAGAGAAGGGAGGGUCAGGCGAAUACCGUAUCGUUACUCAGAUGAGCUGAAUGACCUUCUCAAGGAGAUGCUGAAUGUAAAGGAUUACUGCCGACCUUCUGUUGAAGACAUUCUGCGGCACCCCUUGAUAGAAGAUGUGGUGACAGAAGAACAAAAACAGAUUUCUGAUAAAAGAGGCUUGAGAUCAUGGGAGCCAGACAGGCUGCAGUUCUCAGAUGCUGUAGCGAGUGAGCUGAAACGAAAGGAGCAACAGUUACAGGAGCGAGAGCAAGCCAUUAAAGAGAGAGAACAACGUCUGGAGCAGAGAGAACGGGAGCUCUGUGUUCGGGAGAGACUGGCAGAGGACAAACUUGCUAGAGCUGAAAGCCUGCUGAAGAGGUGCAGUCUCCAGAAGCAGCAGCAGGAGGUAACGUGCGCGGAAGGUCCAGAUAACGCACUCCUGCUUCCCCUUUCUACAACAAAGAAGAACUCACACUCUGAUGGAAAUGAAGAGAAAGCUGUACCUCAUAAUAUGGAAAACUAUUUCCUUUCCAAAGGGAAAAGCUCUGAUCUCAAAAGGCGUCUCUAUGCUGCAAAUCUACGGGCUCAAGCACUGGCUGAACUGGAAAAAAACUAUCAACUAAAGAGCAGACAAAUCUUGGGCAUGCGUUGAAACUGCAACAGAUGUAUUUAUCUUUGAAAAGAAGAUUAAAUGUAUAGGCAGAUACUUGUGCCUCCCUCUCUUAAGCUAGAACCUACUGAAAAAUUAUUUUAACAGUUGUACAAACUGUUCAUUUAUGACAGGUAGUUUAUGAUAACGCAUGAGAUACUAUAUGAUGAAAACAGGUACUUUUGAUACCAAAUAAAACAAACUGAAUUAAUUGUA